UAAAUUAUUAUACUUAAUUUAUAAGGCACAAUUUAACGUGUUUGAACAAUGCUCAAAACGUCUAGGAACUUAUUGAAGCGUAACAUUAUUAUUACUCUACAAAAGAGAAAGCAGCAAACGGGAACAACGCCUAUAUUUAUAAAUGGAAAGCCUGUGUCAGUGCCAAGUUACUACAGCAUCCUUCAAGCCUGCCGCAGCCAGGGAAUCUCUAUGCCAAGCUUCUGCUACCACGAGAGACUCUCGGUCGCUGGAAACUGUCGGAUGUGCCUCGUCACGGUGGAAGGCAUGUGGAAACCACAGAUAGCCUGCGCUGUCCAGGUCGGCAAGAACAUGAAGAUACGAACCAACAACGCUGUCACUCUCAAAGCCCAAGAAAGUGUCCUCGAAUUUCUACUAGCUGACCAUCCUCUCGACUGCCCAAUUUGCGACCAAGGAGGCGAAUGCGAUCUCCAAGAUCUAUCGAUGAAGUUUGGGAACGAUCGCACGAGGUUCACCGAAAUACAUUUCACAGGAAAAAGAGCCGUCGAAGGCAAAGAUUUAGGACCUCUAAUCAAUACUGAGAUGAACCGCUGCAUACACUGCACUCGGUGCAUACGCUUCGCGUCUCAAGUCUGCGGGGUCGACGUUCUGGGCUCAACUGGUCGCGGACACCACAUGCUCGUAGGAACCUACGUUGACAAAAUGUUCCUUUCUGAACUCUCCGGUAACAUCAUCGAUCUGUGUCCGGUUGGAGCGUUGACAUCCAUACCUUAUAGGUUCAAAGCUAGACCAUGGGAAUUGAAAACGACAAAUUCGAUCGAUGUGACGGAUGCUACUGGAACAAAUAUUGUACUUAAUAGCAGAUACAAUAGAGUAAUAAGAGUGUUGCCUCGCGAGCACGAAGAGAUCAACCAGGAAUGGCUGUCGGACAAGGGUCGAUGGGCCAUAGACUCUACAGAGAUGCAACGAUUAGUAACUCCGAUGAUUAAAUGCGGCAAUUGUUUAAAACCCGUUGAAUGGGACGUAGCAUUGUGUGAGGUCGCUAAAAUAAUUUGUCGAUCUGACGCCAAAAAAAUGAUGGCCAUAGCUGGUCCCCAUACCAAUGUGGAAACCCUGGUAGUUGCAAAAGAUUUUCUCAAUUUGCUCGACUGCGAUAAUACUUACAUCGAGCGAAGCAUGUGUUGCACCGAGUCGGACACAGAUAUAAGAGCUGCUUAUGGAUUGAAUAUUAAUAUGAAAGAUGUAGCAACCGCAGACAAAAUACUAUUAGUCGGUACCAAUCCCCGUUUUGAAGCUCCCAUAUUAAACGCGUGGAUACGUCAGGCAUACAGGACCAACGAAUGUGAUAUCUAUGUAGCCGGACCACGAUGUGACUACAACUACCAUGUGACAUACAUAGAACCCAAUGAACAAGGGUUGAAUUCGGAUUGUUUGAAAGGUGCAAAGAGACCCCUGAUAUUUGUAGGUGUUUCCCAGCUCGGUACGCCUGUGAGCUACCAACUUAUGUUUAAUGUGUACAAGUACGCUAAAAAGUAUAUGAAUAUUAAGGAUUGGCAAGUCGUACACGUAAUAACUAAAGAAGCCAGUUUUGCUGGUGCUUUAGAGGCCGGAUGGAAACCAAAUGCGCUGCAGGCGCUGAGUACGGUCAAUCCAAAUGUAGUUAUUUCUCUGGGAGCGGACGAGGUCUUUUACCAAUGGAGUCCACCGGGUGCGUGUAGUAUCAUUUACAUCGGUUUUCAAGGUGAUCGCGGCGCUCAGAGUGCGUCGGUGGUGUUACCAGGCUGCGCAUAUACGGAAGCCGGGGGCACAUACCUGAAUAUGGAAUGCAGGUCGCAGUACGCGUACCCGGCGGUGUCUCCUCCCGGAAAGGCUCGUGUUGAUUGGAAGAUUAUCAGGGCUAUUGUAGAAGUAUGUGGUUUCUGCAUGUCUUACAGCGACAUAGCGGGUUUGAAUGUGAGAAUGGGUCAGUUGAGCCCUAUCUUCAACUGCCUGGGUAACUUCGAACCGAAGUUGUUCGUGGACUGUGUUAUGUCGACGUGUAAAAACGUGUCCGCGCCAAAUACGAAUGUAAAAUUGGAUGUUUGCAUGAAGACUCUGCCAGACUACUACUGUUCCGAUAUUUUCUCGAGUAAUUCGUGCACCAUGAUAGAAGCCAAGAAGGCAGCUACCAAGUUUCUGACCAUGCCCUACAACAAAGUCUGAUGUAGUUGGGAUUUGGUAAAUGAAACAAGAAUAUACAUAUAAAUAAACAACUAGUCUUAAAA